AUGGGGCCGUAUAAGCUGUUCUGGGUUCAGCCACCACCUGGACUGCAGCCACAGUCUCCAGGGGCCAGACAACUGCUUGAGCUGAUGGCAGAACUUAGCAGCACACACGCCAUACUGGUUUUAACAGCAUGGGAAAGCCUCACUGGUGAUGUAAGCUUGGGGUUUGCAAAAGUGAAAAGACCAGCUGGUACCACUGCAGAAGCCAACGUAGAAGUCAGCACCCAGUACCACUGCAGAGGCCAACAUAAAAGUCAGCAUCCAGUACCACUGCAUAUCAGUGUAGAAAGAGACAACAUGAGAUGCCUUAUUGCACCUUCCAUUCUUGUGACCAUCUUCCUAGUCCCAUCCCUGGCCCUGGUGAACACCAGUGACAGUCAUUCUCUGGAUGGCUCUGUGGGGACCCAGACCAUCCAUGUCGAUGCCCUCCGAGGUCUGGUCAGCAUCCAAGACAACAAUGUUCUGAGCGAAUGGAAUGGAAUCGUGGACUACAAGAAUGCCCUCCUGGCAGCUAAGCUGUUCAGUAAGAUGGCCUGUGUCCUGGCCAAGAUGGACCUAACAGUCUUCCCAAGUUUGGAUGAUAUUACCCGGGCCCUGGGCACACAGGAUUCCAGUUACUACCCACCCACCCGCGGACUGACCUACACGGUUUUACCCAGCCGAGUCAAAAACUUGGCCCAAUUCGGAGUGCCUGUUCAGGACCUGUGCAGAGCAGUCCCCGCCUACUUUGCCCAGCAGCAAAAAGAAGGUUCCGCCAUGGCCAUUGACCCAGAAUCCUGUUCUGAGCUCCAGUUUCUCUCCUUCAUGGGACUGUCCAUCUGUGGUGAGAUCCCUGGGCUCUGA